AUGCUCGACGCGUACACUCAACUGGAUGUACUUCUGGACAAGGCUGCAUUCGUAACUAUGAAUACUCGUUUACAAAGAUUUUCGAAUUCGGACGAUCUAUCCAUGCAUCCUGUCUUAACUGCAGGAGAUCGCCGUGACAUCCCGGGCGCACCUGGCGCGUCUGCUCCUGGUGCAGCCACCACCUCAGCCAGCGCGUCAAGCUCCACCUCCGGUUCCACAGGCGCUUCUGCUGCAAUUCCCGCAGCGAUCGCCGUCGCCGUAUUUAUUGCUGUCGGCCUCCUCGUACGAUGGGUAUACCUGCGGCUCGUUCGGAAUGCCGAGUCCUCGCAGUCAGAUGGGUCUUCGAAACACCCUGGUCAUCCGACUUUGUGGGACGUCUCGUUGAUUUCUCCGAAGCGCGACACUCAUCCGGCUGAGGCGAAGUGGCAAAAUUUGAUGCCUAUCUCCACGACACACAUUACGAUAAAAUCCGAAAAUUCUGGCGAUUCGGUUUCACGCCAGAGACCAGUCUCCGGCGAAUCGCAGUCCACGUCUUCAAGCAUGUAUAUUUUCUCGAAACAGAAAGCACGACAGCAAGCUGAGGGGCAGCUGCAGAUCGCUGUAGCCAUCGCUAUGCCCCACCGGCGAAGUUGCGAAGGCGCGGGUCCGUCAGAAGAUGAGAAGAAUGACGAUGAACAUCCGGAGCUCUGUCUGGGUUUUACUAAUGUAUUGUGGAGUUCUGCGGAACAUGAUGCGCUUCGUUGA